AUGAUAGGCUGCUCACCAACAAAGAACGUGUACGACGAGGCAUCUCAAAUACUGCUAAUUGCAACUUGUGCUGACAAAGAAGAAACAACUGAACAUAUUUUGAGGAGUUGUGAAAGAGCCAAAGCUACCUGGGAAAAAUUCAGAGACAAGCUCACAGUCAGGAACUCCAACUCCCCAUUCCACCAAUGGCUUCUAGACAAUAUCAGCAACGAAGUGAAAGGGGUGGAGUUUGGGGUAAUCUGCUGGAACCUCUGGAAACAACGCAAUGAAGAGGUGCUGGAUGGCAAGCAAUUCCAGACUGAUGGUUCUGUGUUGUCACCAUCAGGGAAAGCUGCUGCAGGUGGCUUGUUAAGGGAUCAUCUUGGAAGAUGUAAGGAGGCUUUUGUGUGCAAUCUUGGAACAUGCUCCAUAACGAGUGCAGAGCUAAAAGGAGCAGUGACUGGCCUCAAAAUUGCGCGGGAAAGAGGCUACAGAAGAGUCCAUCUCAACUUGGAUUCUGCUACUGCAAUCAGCAUCAUCAUGAACAACACUGAGGAUGAUCACCGCCAUGGAAUCAUCGCCAAGGAGUUCAACUUUUUGCUGUGUUUGUAUUGGGAUGUCAAGGUUUCUUAUGUAUAUAGAGAGGCAAAUUUUGCUGCUGAUUUUCUUGCAGCUAGGGGUCAUUUAGUUGAUUUUGGUACACCUCGCUUCAAUGUGUACGACCCGGAACUUGAACAUUGGCUACUGCACGACAUCAUGGGCAUUCCUCAUGAUCGUCUGAUUAUUAAUACGAUUUAG